UGAAUAAAAACCCUAACUUCCCGUCCUGUUCUCUCUCCCUUUAUCUCUUUGUACACAUAAAAGCCGUGAGUUUUCCUUUUUCUUCUCAGCCAUGGAGACGGCGCCGGAAGAGAACAAGCGGGAUCCUUACGAAGGUGGAGGAGGGGGUUUCGGGAAGUUUCGAAAACGGCCUUUUAGGCGGAAUAAUACGACGCCGUAUGAUCGCCCACCGACCGCCAUUAGAAACCCUAGUUCUAGCAAUAGCAACGGCGGUGGAAGCAACAACGGCUGGCUCUCCAGGUUGGUCGAUCCUGCACAGAGGCUUAUUGCCUACAGCGCUCACCGCCUCUUCGCUUCUGUCUUCCGCAAGCGCCUCCCACCUCCUCCUGCCCCAGACCCGUUGCCUAUGGAGCCAGAGGCUAACCAGGAAACAAGGGACAGAGAUCAUGGGGCUGUUUUCGGUGAUCCUUCAAAUGCACAAGAUGGAGAUAUCAAUGGAUGCAACUAUCCUAGUAACAGUUUAGAAAAAGAUGGAGUUAUUGAACUUGAGCAAAUUCUUAAGCAAAGAACUUUUACAAGAUCUGAAAUUGAUCGAUUGACUGACCUACUUCGUUCAAGGACUGUUGAGAAACAUGAGAAAAGGUCUGAAGUUGGCCCUUCAAAUUUGGGCGUACCUCAAGGAAAAAGGGUGGAAUUCCCAAGUACUCCAGCAAAUGAAAAUAGAAUUGAGAGCAAUCUCAUUGGAACUCCUGUCGUCAAUUUAAGUGUCCUUGAUGAGGAUAUUGCUUCACCUGCAGAGGUUGCAAAAGCUUACAUGGACCGGAGGCCUUCUACAAUAUCCCCAUCAAUGCUUAAUUGGCAAAGUGAACUAUUGAGGGAGGAUUCAUCCGCACCACUUGAUCGAACAUUGCCUACCCAAGCCCCCAUAAUGUCGCUUGUGAGUAGGUCUUCUAACCACGCUGGUGUUCAUGAAAAUGGUUUUGUGACGCCAAGAUCUCGAGGCAGGUCUGCAAUAUAUAAUAUGGCUCGGACACCAUAUUCUAGAGUCCACUCAACUGCUGUCUUCAAGGAUGUUGGGUUUUAUGGAGCGUCGUCAUCAUCUCAGGGGGCACGUGAACAAAGUAGGGCUUCCGGAUCUAAGCAAGGGGCUUUAAAGAGGAGGAGUUCAGUCUUGGACUAUGAUAUAGGUUCCAUAGGUCCCAUACGGAGAAUUCGCCAGAAACAAAGCCUUCUGUCCUCAAAAAAUUUGGGCUCGCCAGCUUCUGGAAGUACUCUUUCUAUCCGUGAGAGAAAUGUUGGUUCUCAAGCUGCUCAAUCGUCAUCUCUAGUACAUAAUCUGCUUCCUGCUGAAGGAACAAACCAGAGCUUCAAAAAUAGGUUAUCAGAAAAUGGGGAUAAUAGAGUUCCUGAUAGUUGUUCCACUGCUAUUCCCUCUAAGUCCAGUGAGAUGGCAUCAAAAAUACUUCAACAACUUGAUGUUUUGGUCUCUUCGAGGGACAAGUCACCUACUAAGUUGUCACCGUCUAUGCUACAAGGUCCUGCUCUUCGAAGCCUGGAGAAUGCAGAGUCAUCGAAGUUUUUGGAGAACGUUCGAGAUGGUAAGAAGCCAGUUGGUUUACAUGACAACUUUUUACCCGAUGCUGGAGAGCGUAUUCAUCAAAAGCAUGACAAGGUUGAAGAAAAUGGCCCAUCAAAUAUGAUUGCUCCUUCUGACAAGUUAGCUGCUAUAGUAAAUGGCAUAGGUACUAAGGGGUUAAUCAAGGGUGAUGUACCAAGUUUUAGAAGUGCGACUUUUGCAGUGAACACAGUUCAUCCCCAACCACAAAAGAAACGGGCUUUCCAGAUGAGCGCGCAUGAGGAUUAUCUGGAUGUAGAUGAGGAUGACAAUUCUAGCAGAGCUGUAUCAUCUUCAAUGGCUCAUGGGAGAGAGAAGUUAACUAUUUCUGUUGCAGAAAGCAGGACUAUUGAAGCUGAAGCCCUAACUAUGGAGAAGCCUCCAGUUGGUUUUGGGGGAAAGCCCUUUACAGCUUCUGUAGGGAAUGAGAACACUGAGAAAAGAUUUUCUAAUGGGCCUGCAGUUACUGUAACGCCAGCCUUCACAGCUGCACAAUUGACCUGCAUGACUGGACAGCCAGCUUUGGGGUCUCCUCAGUCAACUAUAGCGUCUGUUGAAACUUCUUUACUUAAAGAAGCAAAGUCCAUUGAUUCCUUACAAUAUAUUGGAGAGAAAGUCCCUUCAGUAAAGGAACCUAAUACCUCAUCUUCCCUAUUUGUAAAUGGCUCUGCUUCUCCGACAGUUGUGAGUGGAUCAUCUGGCGUAAAGUUUAAUGUCUCUUCAGAUGCAAGGUCAGAAAGCUCUAGCAGUUUUGCUUUUGUUGCUGCUGGUGUGUCUGAUUCUGGGCCAAAAGCGUCUGCUUUGGAGAAAUCUGAUGACAAAAUUACUUUGAAGAGUGGAGUUUCAUUCAGAGCACAUGAAACUUCUCUUCCAUCAGUCCCAUCUACCUCAUCUUCCACCAGUGUUUUCUCUUUUGGCAACCCUGCCAAUAGUGGAGGUAUAAACAAUGGAUCCAUUACUGAUACUCCAUCUUCCUUCACUUCUCACGUUCAAUCUUCAGUUUCAAAUAAUGUUCACAGUCAAUCAUUAUCUGCUGGCUUUACUCCAUCCUUUGGUGGGUGGGCAAGUGCUGCUGAAACCACUGCCGCUGCCAGUCCUAGCAGCCUUUUCUCCUCAGCUACAGCUCCUCCCUCUAUGCCUGGAUCAAUUUUUAAACUCGGGUCUUCUACAGUAGCAUCAACAUCAGUUUCAGAGGUAUCAUCAACUGCUGGUUUAAAAUCGGUGGAUGCCAAGACCAAAGGCAUCAACUUCGGCAAUUCAGCUGGUGCUUCUGUUGGUACUUCUGCAACAAUUAGCAGCACAGGAAAUGUCAUUUUUGGUGGUUCAUCUGCAGCUAUAACAAGCGCUGGAAGUAGCGUUUUUGGUGGUGGUUCAUCUGCAGCAAUUACAAGCACAGCAGGCAGUAGUUUUGGCGUUUCAUCCUCGGCAAUCUCAAGCACAGGAAGUGGCAUUUUUGGUCUCUCAUCUCCUGCAAUGUCAAGCAUGGGAAGCAGCAUUUUUGGCUUUUCAUCUCCUGCCAUGACAAGCAAUAUUUUUGGUGGUACGUCUUCUUCCAGUAGUAACACAAGUAAUGGUGCAUCUGCAAUUGGAAGUUCUGCAAAUAAUUUCCUUGGCUUUGGUGCUGUAGCGUCUUCUUUGGCUUCUACUAACCAGUCCGGAGGUUCUACUCCAUCCAAUACUGGAGGUGCAGUGGCAUCUGCUGGUGGGACUGGUAUUACGACUUUAAUUCAGAGCAUGCCCAAUCAAUUAAGUUCCUCUGCAUCAUCUCCGUCAAUUCAGUUGGCCGGGAGUACAAACUUCUCUUCUGGAAAUUCUUUAUUCGGUUUGUCUGCUGCAGCUAAUCCAUUUGACUCUGGCGCUAGUUUUGGGAUGAAUCCUACUACUAUGUUGUCAGAGGCCAAUUCCAUAAGCACCAGCAGUAGCACUAGUUCGAGCUUGUUUGGCUCCAAUUGGCAAGCCCCCAAAUCUCCUAAUUUUGGCACUACACUUACUACGGCACUUACUACUGCAUCAUCGUCCUCAACUGGGUUUGCCUUUGGAGCAGCUUCAGCUAACAGUGCAUCUAUGGGCUUUGGAAUGUCUGCUGGUGCCUCAUCAAGUUCAGUUUUCUCGUUUACUUCUGCUGGAGCAGCACCUGGACCACCUUCACAGCCUGUGUUUGGUAACAGUAAUAAUGGCUUUGCAUUUGCUUCAUCUCCUGUUGUACAUAAUGAUCAGAUGACCAUGGAGGAUAGCAUGGCCGAGGACACAGUUCAAGCAACUGCAACAACAGUUCCAAUAAUUGGUCAACAAACUGUCACACCUUCGUCGCCCUUCAUGUUUGGUUCUGCAGCUCCAGCAGGGGCAAGCCCAUUUCAAUUUGGUGCACAACAAAAUCUGGCCACGCCUCAGAACACUUCCCCAUUUCAGGCUUCUGGUAGUCUUGAGUUUAAUGCUGGAGGGAGCUUCUCAUUGGGCACUGGUGGUGACAAGUCCACUAGAAGAACUGUUAAAGUUUCUAGGAGCAAGAAUCGGAAGAAGUAAAGCAUUAUAUUAUUUGACUGUAUCCCUUGCCAGGGACCCUCAUUGUUUGCGUCUGGUGGAUGGUUAAAUUUAGUGCAAGGGUAUUGACAGCAAGCGUUCUGCUGUCUGUCACUUGCCCUGAGACCUUCAGCGCUGGUGAAGGUUGGUUCGCAGCUUCAACCACUGGAAAUUCACCGAGUUCUCAUUUCUCCUUCUGCAACAUUUCUUGCUUGGAAAAUUUUAAUGGUUGUAAUGAAGGCAUAAGUUGUCGCAGACUCGCAAUUUUGUAUGCUGUCUUCUUAGAAAAUCUAAGAAUGGUUGUACUGUACUAGUAGUAGUUCAUAGAGUUUUAAGAUUGAACACAUGAGCUGUUGGGUCGUUGUUGUGUAUUCAUUGUCAUGUGUAACAUAUAAAGAAUUUGCUAUGAAUUUAAGAUAGCUUCUAUGCUAAUGUUUCACA